GAAAGCCUUGGCUGACAGACAGAACAGUUAGUUGCCUAGAACCGGGGGUGGGAAAUGAAAUAUAACAAAUCAUUGGACUCCAUGAUGCUCCUCCAAUCUGUGAAUGCAUACUUUUUCUGUGAUCUCCCGUCAGGUGCCAUAUCCCAGUGUCUGGCCACAUACUUUUAGGCUUGGCAAACGCCAGUGGAUCUAUAGAGCUGCUCCACCUGAUGGAAUGUGAGGGAGCACCUUAAGGGAAUGGAGGUUUGCCUAGACCAAGUGUCCCUUUUCUCUCCAGUAGAAGAACAGUUACACCCUACAAUCAAUUUCCAGCCUUAUCCUGGAGGAGAGAUGUCUCUCCUUGUCCCUGGAUUGGUCAACUGGGAAACCUGGAAGGGUCAGAGACCAGCCCUUGAAGAUCAUUAGCAGUGAUUCUAAGGGGCAGCUGCAUCUCCUGAUGCUGAAGGAGGGAGUGGCUGAACUCCAGCUCGUGGCUUCAUGGCCAGCCCACCACUUUGAGGCCUGGAUUGCUGCUUUCAAUUACUGGCAGACAGAACUCGUGUAUUCAGGGGGAGAUGACUGCCUUCUGAAAGGCUGGGACACUAGGAUGCUUGGCACACCUGUCUUCACUAGCAAAAGACACUCCAUGGGUGUGUGCAGCAUCCAGAGCAACCCCCAUCAGGAACACAUACUGGCUACUGGAAGCUACGAUGAGCACGUUCUGCUGUGGGACACUCGGAACAUAAAGCAGCCACUGGCAGACGUGCCAGUGCAAGGAGGCGUGUGGAGGCUCAAGUGGCACCCAGUCCACCACCACCUACUCCUGGCGGCCUGCAUGCACAACGGCUUCAAGAUUCUCAACUGCCAGACGGCCAUUGAGGAGAAGCAGGACGUGACUGUCUUAAUAUCCCACGAAAUGCCUAACUCAUUAGUGUAUGGGGCUGACUGGUCCUGGCUUCCUUCCCGUUCCAUGAAGCCUACACCCACCUGGUCCUUCGAUCAAAAUGACAUGAGAGCAGUAGACUGCCACAGCCUGAAGGUUACAGAGGAGUCACCAGCACCUUUCCAUGAACAAAUAGUGGACCACCAUGUGGAAGGCCCUGCUAAAGCUCACAGCAGAGUUGAAUUGAAGGCCUCUCUCCUUCCAUCAACAGAGGACAUGAAAAGCAGCAGCCAACUGCGCUCCUCUUCCAAGAUCAGUGAUCUCAGCCUCUUUAGUGGAGGGAAUUUUGACAAGAGCCUCCUGGCCACUUGCUCCUUUUAUGACCAUGUUCUCCACCUCUGGAAGUGGGAGACAAAGCAAGCUUGAGGCUGCAUUCUUUGCAUCUUUCCUGGAUGUGACCUGGGGAGUGCCUUUGAGAAUGGACUUUCUGAUUCUGUUUUGGCAGUGAAUGGGUUUUCCAGCUCUACAACUAAGUGUCUUGGGUAUAUUUUGUAUUUUCAGCCCUUCAUUUGUAUUUAAGUCCUUAUUUGUAUUAAUUAAAUAACUUCAAAUUUUUAAAAUUUUUAAAAAAAAUUAUAAUUUAUGCAUGUCUCUGUGUGGAUGCUGGAAGAAACCAGAAGAGGGCAGUGGAUACCCCUGGAGAUAUGGUUACAGGGGAUUGUGAGCCACCAUAUGGGUUCUAGAAACCAAACUUGGGUGCUCUGCAAGAAUAUAUGCUCUUACCCAGUAAGCUUCUAAACCUUUGAGUUAAAAAAAAUAUGCCAGGCAGGCAGUGGUGGCGCACGCCUUUAAUCCCAGCUGGGGAGGCAGAGCUAGGCAGAUUUCUGUGAGUUCGAGGUCAGCCUGGUCUACAGAGCCAGAUCUAGGACAGGCACCAAAACUACACAGAGAAACCCUGUCUGGAAAAACAAACAAUCAAAUAUGCCAUGUGGUGGUGAUGUACACCUUUAGUCCUGGCCCUUGGAAGUCAGAGGCGGGCAGAUUUGAGUUUGAGGCCAGCCAGGGCUGCACAGAGAAACCCUAUAUGGAAAAACAAAAAAAACCCCAAACAAUUAUUUCAUGUGUAUGAGUAUUUUGCUGUGCUCUCAGAGAUCAGAAGAGGAUGUUAGAUCACCUGGACAUAGAGUAACAGACAACUGUGAAGCCGCCUCGUGGGUGUUGGAAGAACAGAUAAUAUACUCUUAACCUCUGAACCUUUGCAUGCUAGCCAAACACUUCCCAGCUCUGAACUCAUUUUAAAAAUGGGUAAUAGAAUAAAAAGAGGCAUGUAAA